AUGCAUGACAAGAGCACACUUUUUUGGCCACCUGAGCACUCCAAUAUCAUGAGACAGCUGAUCCGGGGGUUUGCAACCGCCACGUCAACGCAGACAGUGAAAGCUCCAACAGGAAAGCCUCGGCGAGUAGGUAGAUCUCUUUUCAGCAAGAAAAAUGCCACGGGCCGGGGGUCUACAGCACAUGCCAACAGCCACCAUGAGAUUAUCGAUGAGCCCCUAAGUCACCCAAGAAUCGACAAAGAAAUCAGAUCGUGUGGAUCGGUCCAGGCUGACGCAUUCUUCGCCAAUGUCGCGGGCCAUAACCUCACCGCAGAAGACAUGUGGAGCCCGAAGAAGUACACAAAGUGGAUAAUGCCCCCAGACAACAGUGGAAACCAGGACCCGGGGACAUAUUGGCCGGACGUGGUCACAGAUCCCACUCAGCUCAAAGGAAUUCAUCAGCAUACGGUUGGAAACGGCAUCAAGAAAGCCAGUUACUCCCAUAGCAUAGUCGAUUUUACAUCGUUCUACUUGUCGCCAUGGACGGUACAGGGUGUGUUCAGAAAGACGAGACCGUCAAUUGUCAUACAGUGGCAUUCGUUCCUACCCCUAAAUGGUCACAAGGUCAACGAAUUCAACAACAUGGGGUAUGCGGCUCCAGGAAUGCCAACAUCUACAGGGAUGCCCUUGAAAGAUCAGAGAAACCCCUGUCCAUUAACGUCAGGUGUCUACCGAAGCAUCACGGCCAAGAUAUACAGAAGAAUUUUCUUGGAAGAGUUCCACAAAACCCCAGGUGCGUGCGAUGGAGUCUACGUAUUCCGUGUUCGCAAGGUACCUGAAUCCGAGUCGUACAUUAGAAGCGGCAUGGCAGAAAUGAUCAAAUACGUCGCUGGCGAUUGGAGGAACAAAAAGAGUCUUUUCAAACCAGAUCCCAUGGAUACAAUCAAUAAGGCGCUCCAAUCCUACAGAAUUAUCGAACCGCUCACCCCGGAGUUGGCCGAAGUCCGUCGGUUUGACCCAACACUCAUGAAGCCAAACAACGACGGGAAACAGAAAACGGAAGAGAAGCUGUCGCCAAAACGCAUCAACUCGAACGACAAGGCGAGAAAGCUCGCUCGGGGAGGCCCUUCCAUGCCGGUCAGACAAGAUUAA